AUGCAGAAGUCUGACCACCACGAGCAGAAUCUUACUUCACCAAGGGGACUGAUCCAUAAAGUGCUUCGUCGUACAAGUAGCAGGCGAUCUCCAACUGCAGCAGAGCAAGAUCCUUCUCCUGUAUUUCCAGAAACAAGCAAUACAAAAUUCUUAAAGCAAAAGAAUGUAGAAGGUGCAAGCAAAGAUCCAGAAAAGGGGAGCACUCACGAUAACCGAAUUGAAGAUGAGAAGUCUGAUUUGUUAGGAUACGAAGUUUGUUCUGGGAAGCUUACAUUAGAUAACAAAGACAGAAGCGUUUCAGGUGAACAGUCGGGAUCAGGGUCUAGUGGUAAUUGUUUUGAUGCUAGGCUCACCACUGAAGCCUUAGUAUGGGGCUCUAACAUCCUUAAGCUCGAGGACAUUGUAUCUGUAUCAUACAAUUCUGGGCUUCGGCAUUUCACCGUGCAUGCAUGCCCUCUUGAAAGGAGAUCUAAUGGACUUUCCUGCUUUAUGAAGCCUAGAAGAAUCCAGAAGGACUUGCGUUUCCUAUCUACUGCUCCACAUGAGGCCUUUCGGUGGGUUAAUGGUUUUGCAGAUCAGCAAUGCUAUGUAAAUCUGUUACCACACCCCAUGGCAUCAAGCAAAAAGCAUUCUUCUGAACUCAUUCCAUUUGAUGCCAUGCUUGAUCCAUAUGUUAAAUGUCGGUCUCCGCCAAAGAUACUUGUCAUCCUGAAUCCUCGAUCUGGACAUGGUAGAUCUAGCAAAGUUUUCCAUGGGAAAGUGGAGCCCAUAUUUAAGAGACAGCUUGCAGGUUUCAAGAUGGAAGUGAUUAAAACUACACAUGCUGGUCAUGCAAAAUCUCUUGUAUCAACUAUUGAUUUUAGUACCUGUCCAGAUGGAAUUGUAUGUGUCGGUGGCGAUGGAAUUGUUAACGAGGUACUCAAUGGUCUUCUGUGCAGAGAUGAUCAAAUUGAGGCAGGCUCUCUUCCAAUUGGUAUAAUACCUGCAGGAUCUGAUAACUCACUUGUUUGGACAGUCUUGGGUGUUAAAGAUCCAAUUUCUGCAGCAUUGUCCAUUGUCAGGGGAGGUUUUACACCUAUUGAUGUUUUUUCUGUUGAAUGGAUUCAGAGUGGGACUACGCAUUUUGGCACAACAGUCUCGUAUUUUGGCUUUGUUAGUGAUGUUCUUGAACUCUCAGAGAAAUACCAGAAGCGUUUUGGUCCUCUCCGUUACAUUGUUGCUGGUUUUCUGAAAUUCCUGUGCUUGCCAAAGUACAGUUUUGAAUUGGAGUAUCUUCCAGUAGCAGAUGUUGAUGGUGCUGGGCAUAAAAUUGUGGAGGGACAAGAAAAGGUUGAUACGUCAGACCUCUAUGACGAUGUAGUUCAGAGGUCGAGAGCAGAAUGUUUACCACGUGCCUCAAGUUUGUCUAGCAUUGAUUCAAUCAUGUCUACGAGCAUAAUGUCUGGGGGAGAACCAGAAGUUUCUAGUCCACGUGCUAAUAAUGAACCAUCUGAACUUGUGCGGGCACUUGAUCCGAAAUCAAAACGCCAGUCAUUAGGGAGGACAAGUACUUUCAAGGAACCAGAAGAAUCGCUCCAUCCUCAGGCAUCAACUCCCAGCUGGCGUAGAUCCAAAUCAAAGUCAAGGACAGAAAAAGCGUGGCCAGGUUUGACUGCUACAAAUGACACUAAACCUUCUAAGGGCACCACAACACAUGAUAAAGAAGACACAUCAUCCACAAUUUCAGAUCCUGGACCUGCGUGGGAUACAGGACCCAAGUGGGAUAUGGAGCCUAAAUGGGAUAAUCAACCUAAUUGGGAACCUGAAACUCCUAUCGAGCUACAUGGUCCAUCAGAUGACAUUGAGCUUGGUCUGACUAAGGAACUAGUCCCAAGCUUAGAUGAAAGAUGGGUCAUUAGGAAAGGGCGCUAUCUCGGUGUAUUGGUAUGCAACCAUUCAUGCAAGACCGUGCAGAGUUUAAGUUCCCAGAUUGUUGCUCCCAAGGCUGAAUAUGACGACAACUGUCUGGACCUGCUGCUGGUUGGUGGAAGUGGGAGGCUAAGGUUAUUAAGGUUUUUGGUGCUUUUGCAGUUUGGAAAACACAUUUCUCUUCCGAAUGUGGAAUAUGUAAAGGUACGAUCCGUGAGACUUAAGGCAGGCCCGAAUACACAUGAUGGGUGUGGUAUUGAUGGGGAGCUCCUCCAUGUCAAGGGGCAGGUCCGGUGCAGUUUGCUACCUCAGCAAAGUCGUUUGAUCGGGAGGCCAGCCAAAAACCCUGUACAGUAA